AUGUCAGCAGGUCCUAGUCUCUCCAAGGGGACGUCAGCAGGUCCUAGUCUCUUCAGGAGGACGUCAGCAGGUCCUAGUCUCUUCAGGAGGACAUCAGCAGGUCCUAGUCUCUUCAGGAGGACGUCAGCAGGUCCUAGUCUCUUCAGGAGGACGUCAGCAGGUCUUAGUCUCUUCAGGAGGACGUCAGCAGGUCUUAGUCUCUUCAGGAGGACGUCAGCAGGUCCUAGUCUCUUCAGGAGGACGUCAGCAGGUCCUAGUCUCUCAAGGGGGAUGUCAGCAGGUCCUAGUCUCUCCAAGGGGACGUCAGCAGGUCCUAGUCUCUUCAGGAGGACGUCAGCAGGUCCUAGUCUCUUCAGGAGGACGUCAGCAGGUCCUAGUCUCUUCAGGAGGACGUCAGCAGGUCCUAGUCUCUUCAGGAGGACGUCAGCAGGUCCUAGUCUCUUCAGGAGGAUGUCAGCAGGUCCUAGUCUCUUCAGGAGGACGUCAGCAGGUCCUAGUCUCUUCAGUACACCGCCAGAAGGUCCAGGAGGCACAGGAAGCCAUGAAGAAGACACAAGCAGCGAGUAUAACUACAACUACGACUCAACGUCAACAUCCGCCUACGACUACGACUACACCGCCACCUUUGAUUAUUAUUUUGUGACCGGGUUGUACCCCUCUGAGGUAAAAAAUAAGGCUGCAGGGAUUGGCCGGGUCAGCCCAGUGCUCCUGCUGGGAUUGGCUGUCCAACAGAUGUGGAGCUGAAGGGGGCGGGGCCCAGGGUGACCUGCAGACAGGUCCAUGUGUGUCCUUCAUCUGCCUCACAUCACCUGGAGACCCAGAAGAACAACCAAUCAGUGAUCAAUAACCUGCUGGCAUCCCACCACGAGGUGUCUGAAAUCAACUAAUUGAUAUCUGAUCAGUGUGUGAGGAGUUACUGAGUGUUACUGAGCUAAAUGAUGUCCCUGCUGGACUCUCUUGGUCUUUUCUGGUGCCUGCUGGUCUCUGCUGCCCCCUGCUGGACUCUCUUGGUCUUUUCUGGUGCCUGCUGGCCUCUGCUGCCCCCUGCUGGACUCUCUUGGUCUUUUCUGGUCCCAGCUGGUCUCUUGGUCUUUUCUGGUCCCAGCUGGUCUCUUGGUCUUUUCUGGUCCUUGCUGCCCCCUGCUGGUCUGGGAUGGUCCUUAAUUUGUCAGUGACUGUUCUUUCCUCACAUCAUUAGCUUCAGAGAAUAACAGCCUGCGUCAUAUUUGAAGGUUUUCAGGUAAACGAGGCAGAAAGAGUCGUCAGUGUGAGGAGAGGAGAGUCAGGCAGAUUUCACAGUUAGCCUGAAGAAUGACUCAGGCAUUUAAGCUGCAGCUAAUGAUACUAACAAGGAACAUGCUCAGAAUAUUUCUGUUUAAGAUGAAAAACUGCUGGAAUUUGACUU